AUGAAAUUAAUUUUUAUAGUUUGUUUAUUGUUAAUAUUCAAUUAUUUUAUUGGUAUUAGUUUUGGAAAUAAACAAAUAAAUUCAAACCAACAACAACAAAUUAUAAACACAGAUAAAAAUUAUAAUCAUAAUAAAAAUAAUAAAAUAAUAGUCAGCCAUAAUAAAAAUAAUAAUAAUAAUAAUAAUUAUAAUGAAAUAGAAACAGAGAAUUUAGGUUGUACAUUUUGUAAAUAUUUAACCGAAAAGGUAGAAGAGUAUCUCCAAGCAAACUCUACAGAGAAAGAGAUUAUAUCAUAUUUAGAUGAGGAAUGUGAACUCCUUAAUUCACCAAAUUUGGUUUUAACAUGUCAAAAUUUAGUUCAACAAUAUACUCCAAUCGUGAUUGAAUUAAUUGAUAAUAAUGAAUCACCAUCGGUAAUUUGUGAAAAUGUAAACAUUUGUCCAACUUCUUCAUCCUCAUCUUCAUCUUCAUCAAUUGAAGAAGAAAUAAUAAAAAAAUUAAAUAUUGACGAUAAUAAUAAUAAUAAUAAUAAUAAUAAUAAUAAUAAUAAUAAUAAUAAUAAUAAUAAUAAUAAUAAUAAUAAUAAUAAUAAUAAUAAUAAUAAUAAUGAAGAAGAAGAAGUUAAUACAUGUGAAAUUUGUAAUUUAGUAUCAAAUUUAAUUGAAAAAUAUAUUAAAAUAAAUAAUGAAGUUGAUGAAAUAAGGGAAUUAAUUGAAAAUGAAUGUGAAUUACUUUCAAAUUCAAAAGUAUCUAGUUGUUACUCAUUAGUUGAUCAAUAUUUUGAACAUUUCUAUGUAACAAUAGAGAAUAAUUAUUCAGCAAAUGAAAUUUGUCAAUUAUUUCAAUUUUGUCCAAUAGAAUCAUCAUCAUCGUCAUCAUCAAGUGAUAUUAUUAAUAAUAUUCCUCUUCAAGAUUCUGGUUGUACAGUUUGUACAGUUUUAGCAAACUAUGCAUACAAAGUUCAAGCUAAUGAAUCAAUUCCUGAAAUCAUUGGUAGUAUGGAUGAAAUUUGUAAUAAGAUUGGCGCUUGGCGUGAUAUUUGCAACAGUAUAAUGAGAUCAGGUGGUCAACAAUUAGUAGAGGAUAUUGUAAAUAAGGGUGAAGGAGUUUAUACUGCUUGUUCAAAUAUUGGUUAUUGUCAAAGUUCUUCUUCUGCGACUGGAACUAGUGGUUUCUCUUCUGGUGGUUCCGGUACUUCAACUGGUGGAGGUUAUUCGACUGGUGAUUUUUAUUAUAAACCAUUAAAAUAA